UUAUCCUCAGCGAGUUUCUUUUGAUUUGAUGAGUGAGUCAUAUGUAUGCUCUGGCUGGAAAAGCUUUCCAUUUGCUUUUGUGAUUGUGUUUUUCAAAUUGGUUUUUGAAGAGGUUCUACGCGAUAUGCUCAGGUUCUCUCACUCCACAACACAGUGGCACAGUAGAAUAAGCCAUCUAGGUAAGAGGCUCUGGCAGGGUGCUACGGCUGGGAUGGGACCCUGAUUCUGCUACCUUGCCUUCUGGAUACAGCUUCCUCGGGCUGAAAUUGGGUCCCAGCCUCAGGGUCCCCUCCACGAUAUCUGAGUAAUGUCCACUGUGGGUGAGCAAAGAUAAACUGCUGAUGGUAUGUCACAGUUGUUUUUUGUAGAAUGUGGGUGCUUGCUAUUGUCGUUGUUACUUUUAUAUCAUAAGGUCAUAGCUGAUAACCCUCUUUCUGUGUCAUAUCAGCAUGGUUCAUUGGGUAAGAAGAUGGGGUCAAAUGGAGCUCUGGGUUUGAGCUUGAUUGUCUUUAGUCGCUGAGUGAUUGUGGGGGAAGUUAUUUCCUCUCUUUAGCCUCAGUCCUUAGUCUGUAAAAUGGGGUGGUGUAGCAAGAGUAGCUCUGUCGUCGUAGGGCUGUUGAGAUUGUGCUCAGCAGAGUGCCCCAUCAGUGUGUCUGCUUCAUAAAUGGCGGUGCUCAUUAUCACCUUCUUAGUGCUCUGACACUUGUGGGGAAUUUCCCAUUCUAAUUUUUAGGUUUAAUAAGCUCUGACAUUCUAGGACAUACAUCAUUGUGGAUAUAGAUACUGACAGCAAAAAAAACUGGAAUUGAAGAGUUGCAGAUUGCACGUCUCUCAAAGAAGGGUGGGGUGUCUUACAACAAAGCAUUCCUGGCGUGACUAGACAAAGCUCAUUUGAGAGUAAACCAGAGUCAGGUAUUCUGAUGGAAUUGAUUAUGCAAACUGGACCAGGAAGAGUCCUUUAUUUUAUGCCCAGUUGGUGGUACUUUACAUUUUAAAGAAUUUGUCAUUUUACUUACAGGAAGAAUUUUUCCUACUGCCUUUUAAUAAUGAAGGGAAAAACUAUUGCUUUCCGUUUAUCUAGUGAAACCCAGGUUCUAUUUUGGAAGGACAAAGGAGUUAGUUUGGAGGGAAAAUUCUGACCCUUUUUUUCUUGUAAUGUAAAAAAGUGAGCACUGUUAUCUGUUUUACCAGGUUACUUUAAAAAGUAUCACUUAAUAAUUUUUUUUAUUUUACAAACCCCAGCUUAUUAUUAUGGAAAUUUUAGGCACAUACAAAGCUGUAGAGAAUGGUGAGACCCCUGACAUACCUGUCUCCCACCUUCAAGGGCUGUCAACUCAUAGUGGUGCCUCAUCUGCACCCCCACCCAGUUCCCAAACCCCUGUGAUUUUAAAAGCAAAUCCCAGACAACAUUAUUUUAUCCAUAAGUAUUCAAGAUGUACUUCGAAUGCCUUCAGAGGAAAGUUUCGCUAAGGUCAAAAAUGAAAACUUCCCUGUUCUAAGUUGCUUCCUGUGGGAAAAUUAUGUCUCUCUGGAAAUCUCAAGACAGUAAUCCUUAAAGCAGGGGGUGGAGAAAUGAUCUUUUAAAACAAUAACUGGGGGAGCUUUUUCAGACUAACUUGUCCUCCUAGAAGAUUGCCUCUUGAAGCCACCCCCUUACCCCAAGAGUUCACAGUGUUAGGGAUGUACAAGAUAGAGAACCACCUAUCUGGUGAAAGUGCUUCCGGGUUAUGGAGGCUUUUUAACCACCAUGGAUGGGACUUACUUAAAAAUGUAUUUAUUUUCUUCCUUCUUAAACAGAUUAUGCUGGAUACUAUUUAUUUGUUCCUAUUUACUACAGGGCAUUUUGGACACUGAUUUGUAUGCUCUGGAGUGUGUAUUUUAAUCAUUUACGUGUCACCUACCUUGUUGCCAUUUUUUAUCCCAUGUCAAUGUGCUUGUCUGUAAUAACAGCCCCUUGUCUCUUUGAAAUCUGUUAAGGGCUAGAAGCAAGGUCAAGGAACUUGUAAAGAACUGUACUUAGAGUAAAUGAACUGAGGGUGUUCUUUUGUAUGAUGUUGGAAUUAAGGAUUUGGUGAUAUUUAACUGCUCAAAGGAUGUUUUGGCUGCAUUUCUUGGUUUUUGGCUGUGUUCUGCAUAGAUCAGGUUGCUGUGUAGCCACGUUUCAUAUAGGUGAAGUAUUACUGUAAUGAGUUAUAACACAGCAGGAAUCUUUCUUUUCCAAUUUCACGUACAGCUUUAGAAAGGCUUGAAAGGUCAUUUACAUGGUUAGUGCGUAAGAAAGAUGGAAAAUGUGUUUUAGGACAAGUUUCCAUCUCACCACUGACUAAAAGUGAGUUAGGAGGGAAAUAAUGGAAUCUUAAAAUGUGCUUUUUAAAGUCUUUGUUGUUGAUGUUAUUUUCAUUAGCAACUAAAGUUAGGGGCUUGUGUUUUAAACCUUGCAGAAAAAGCUUUACUUGGCUAAAAAUAAUUUGAUGUAUGGAUAUGAUUUGGGUACUGUACAGCUCUAAAACUGAUUGAUAGAAAAAAACUAAUAAUUUCAUUUGCACUGCACAAAACUAAUUUCCUUUCUGCCUUCCUUUAAAGGAAAAUAAGAGUAGACAUUUUCAAUAUUCUUUCCCAUCCCCUCCCACCUCAUCACUUUUUUUAGCCUUUCCUUAGGAAAAUGACCUAGUACUCUCAAAACUGAGCUGUGCCCUAUGCAGGUUAUACACAGCACAGACUAGCUGCAUCAGUGUUUCCUUUCUUACACCCUCACCAAGAUUACACAGGUCUGUGAAAUGUCCUUGGGAGUUGUAAUAAUAUGGAAUGCUGGAGAAAUUCCAAAGACUGUUGGUAAAUAUAGGAUGUAAUUGAAUAGCAGUUAGCUUCUUUUGGCAAGUUCAGAACUUACCUUUAAGGAAAAAAUAAAGAGUUAAGUAUACAUAGUAUAGCAUGGAGACUAAAAAGAAAGUGCGGUGACCAUGUUUAGGAUUUGGAUUUGAACUACUGUCUUUCAUGUGCCUGUGCAGGUAAUUCAAUAAAACACAAAAUAGACUGUGCAGGUAAUUCAAUAAAGAGGAACAUGCUGCACUUGGUUGAUAUUUGUGAAAGAUCUCUCCUCUUCUUACCCAUCAUAUUUAAAGAUUUAUUUGCUCUGCCAAAUGACCUUUUCUAAAUUGUGAGAAAGCUGUCUUUCUUUGCUUUGUGUUUUUAACUUUGAAGAUUUUUUUUUUAAUUAAAAAUGAGAGAACAAAAUACUGGAAAUGCACAGUUCAUAGGUAAAGAUGGAAACUUACACUUUAGGAAGCUGAUUGACUACUCAGAAGUGAAUUUUAGAAGUGACUGAAGGUUUUCUCUAUGUUCUCUUGCAAUGUAGCCUAUUCUAUGUAAAAGACCUUUAAAAUGUGAUGUUUACAGAGCAAAUAUCCCAACAAAUUGCUUUCAGCAAGCAUGGGCACACUAAAACACUUUUUAUCAUCUCAGUAGUUCCAUUGUAUUUGUUGCAAGGAACUUGUCUGGAUGUGCAAUCUCUGUCUGUGAGAAUACCCCAGUAUAAGACAGAUCGGGGGCUAGAAAAGGAAAACUUGGGUGGUGGGAAUGUUCUUUUGGAAACCCAAGUUCAAUUUUUUCCCCUGAAAAAGCAUGAGUGAGUGGAAUAACUUAACUCUCAUCCUUUUUCUUUGUAGCUUAACCCUCUCUUAAGAACCCAAAACUCAAACCCAUCUAAGGCUCCAGGUCACUGAGGUCAUGCUGGAGACUCCUGCCCUGCCUUAGUGUCAAAAACCCAGUGAUCUCAGGAUUCAUUCUUUCUUCGUAAUGACUGUGUUAGUCUAUUCUUGCAUGGCUAUGAAGAAAUACCUGACACUGGGUAACUUACAAGAAAAGAGGUUGAAUUGGCUCAUACUUCUGCAGGCUCUAUGGGAAGCAUGGCACCAGCAUCCGCUCUGCUUCUGGUGAGGGCCUCCUGGAGCUUUCAAUCAUGGUGGAAGGUGAAGGAGGGGAGCAGGUGUUGCAUAUGGCAGGAGAGGAGGGGGCAAGAGAGCGAGCGGGGUCGGGGGAGGUGCCAGACUUUACAACAACUAGAUCUCAGAAGAACUCAGUAUCCUGAGGAUAGCACCAAGCCAGAAGGGAGCCACCCCUAUGACCUGGACACCUCUGACAUCGGGGAAUUACAAUUCAACAUGAUAUUUGCUAUCUUCCAGAGGGCCACACUGGGCAUGGACACCCUUUUCCCUACCUGGAGGAGCACAGGUGAUAGUGUAAUUUUCCAGUCACGAAACUGUUAAGGCCGUCUCAGGGGCGUGUGCGCCAGGAUAGGAGGGCGGCGUCCGAGGACCACAUAGCCAUGCCUUUUGGUCUGAAGCUCCGCCGGACACGGCGCUACAACGUCCUGAGCAAGAACUGCUUUGUUACACGGAUUCGCCUGCUGGACAGCAAUGUUAUCGAGUGCACGCUGUCGGUGGAAAGCACAGGGCAAGAAUGCCUGGAGGCUGUGGCCCAGAGGCUGGAGCUGCGAGAGACACACUACUUUGGCCUUUGGUUUCUCAGCAAGAGCCAGCAAGCACGAUGGGUGGAGCUGGAAAAACCUCUGAAGAAACAUCUGGACAAAUUCGCUAAUGAGCCUCUGCUUUUCUUUGGAGUCAUGUUCUAUGUGCCAAAUGUGUCAUGGCUUCAGCAAGAGGCCACAAGAUAUCAGUAUUAUCUGCAAGUCAAAAAAGAUGUGCUUGAAGGGCGAUUACGAUGUACAUUGGACCAGGUGAUUCGGCUAGCCGGCCUAGCUGUGCAAGCUGAUUUUGGAGACUAUAAUCAGUUUGAUUCUCAAGAUUUCCUCAGAGAGUAUGUGCUAUUUCCUAUGGAUUUGGCCCUGGAAGAGGCUGUUCUGGAGGAGCUGACCCAGAAGGUAGCCCAAGAACACAAAGCCCACAGUGGAAUCCUGCCAGCAGAAGCUGAACUGAUGUACAUCAAUGAAGUGGAACGUUUGGAUGGAUUUGGACAGGAAAUCUUCCCUGUAAAGGACAAUCAUGGAAACUGUGUACACCUUGGCAUUUUCUUUAUGGGGAUUUUCGUGAGGAACAGAAUUGGAAGACAAGCAGUAAUACACAGGUGGAAUGACAUGGGGAAUAUCACUCAUAACAAGUCGACCAUUCUGGUGGAGCUCAUCAACAAAGAAGAGACUGCCCUCUUUCACACGGAUGAUAUCGAAAAUGCCAAGUAUAUUUCUCGGUUGUUUGCCACACGACACAAGUUUUACAAACAAAACAAAAUCUGCACUGAACAGUCAAAUUCUCCACCCCCCAUCAGACGCCAGCCCACCUGGAGCCGGUCCUCUCUGCCCAGGCAGCAGCCGUACAUCCUGCCUCCCGUUCACGUCCAGUGUGGUGAGCACUACUCGGAAACGCACACCUCGCAAGACAGCAUUUUUCAUGGGAAUGAAGAAGCCUUGUAUUGCAACUCUCACAACAGCCUGGACUUAAAUUAUUUAAAUGGCACCGUCACCAAUGGCAGCGUGUGUAGCGUUCAUAGCGUCAACUCCCUCAACUGCUCGCAAAGUUUCAUCCAGGCCUCCCCUGUAUCCUCCAACCUCAGUAUCCCUGGGAGUGACAUCAUGCGGGCCGACUACAUCCCGAGCCACCGGCACAGUGCGAUCAUCGUGCCCUCAUACAGGCCAACCCCCGAUUAUGAGACAGUCAUGCGCCAGAUGAAGAGGGGGAUACUGCAUACAGACAGCCAGAGCCAGUCUCUGAGAAACCUCAACAUCAUCAACACCCAUGCCUAUAACCAGCCAGAGGAUCUGGUGUACAGCCAACCAGAGAUGCGGGAGAGGCACCCCUACACUGUCCCUUAUGGGCCACAAGGGGUCUAUAGCAACAAGCUUGUCAGUCCAUCUGACCAGAGGAACCCAAAGAAUAAUGUGGUACCAAGCAAGCCGGGGGCAAGCGCCAUCUCGCACACGGUGAGCACCCCAGAGCUGGCCAACAUGCAGCUGCAGGGCAACCAUAACUACAGCACGGCCCACAUGCUCAAGAACUAUCUCUUCAGGCCACCGCCCCCCUACCCACGGCCACGACCUGCCACCAGCACCCCAGACCUGGCCAGCCACCGCCACAAGUACGUCAGUGGCAGCAGCCCAGACCUGGUGACCCGGAAGGUGCAGCUCUCGGUAAAGACCUUCCAAGAGGACAGCUCUCCGGUGGUGCAUCAGUCUCUCCAGGAGGUGAGUGAGCCUCUUACGGCCACCAAGCACCAUGGCACGGUGAACAAGCGCCACAGCCUGGAGGUGAUGAACAGCAUGGUGCGGGGCAUGGAGGCCAUGACGCUCAAGUCACUCCACCUCCCCAUGGCUCGCCGCAACACGCUCCGGGAGCAGGGACCACCCGAGGAGGGGCCAGGCAGCCACGAGGUCCCCCAGCUCCCUCAGUAUCACCACAAGAAGACCUUCUCUGAUGCCACCAUGCUGAUCCACAGCAGCGAGAGCGAGGAGGAGGAGGAGGAGGCUCCAGAAUCGGUGCCCCAGAUCCCCGUGCUCCGGGAGAAGAUGGAGUACAGCGCCCAGCUGCAGGCGGCCCUGGCCCGCAUCCCCAACAAGCCCCCGCCUGAGUACCCUGGCCCAAGGAAGAGUGUGAGCAAUGGGGCUCUGAGGCAGGACCAACCCGGCCUUCCUCCCGGCAUGGCUAGAGCCAGGGUGCUGAGGCACGGGCCGGCCAAGGCCAUCAGCGUGUCCCGGACCGACCCGCCGGCUGUCAACGGGGCCUCUCUCGGCCCAUCCAUCUCGGAACCCGACCUGACAAGCGUGAAGGAGCGGGUCAAAAAAGAGCCCGUGAAGGAGAGACCUGUGUCUGAAAUGUUUUCCCUGGAGGACAGCAUUAUAGAGAGAGAGAUGAUGAUCAGGAAUCUAGAGAAGCAGAAGAUGGCAGGCCUGGAGGCACAGAAGAGGCCGCUGAUGUUGGCAGCGUUGAACGGGCUCUCGGUGGCUCGAGUCUCAGGGCGGGAAGAGAAUCGAGUUGAUGCCACCCGGGUUCCCAUGGACGAGAGGUUCAGAACCCUGAAGAAGAAACUAGAAGAGGGAAUGGUGUUCACAGAAUAUGAGCAAAUUCCAAAGAAAAAGGCGAAUGGCAUUUUCAGCACAGCAGCUCUGCCAGAAAAUGCCGAGCGCAGCCGAAUCCGUGAAGUUGUCCCCUAUGAGGAGAAUCGAGUAGAGCUGAUACCAACCAAAGAAAAUAACACGGGAUAUAUUAACGCCUCCCACAUCAAGGUGGUGGUUGGAGGGGCAGAAUGGCACUACAUAGCCACCCAGGGGCCCCUACCACACACGUGCCACGACUUCUGGCAGAUGGUGUGGGAGCAAGGAGUGAAUGUCAUUGCCAUGGUCACCGCAGAGGAGGAGGGUGGACGAACCAAAAGCCACCGAUACUGGCCCAAACUGGGUUCCAAGCACAGCUCAGCCACCUAUGGCAAGUUCAAGGUGACCACAAAGUUUCGAACAGAUUCUGUUUGCUAUGCAACCACAGGCUUGAAAGUCAAGCACCUUUUGUCUGGGCAAGAAAGGACAGUGUGGCAUUUACAAUAUACUGACUGGCCAGAUCACGGCUGUCCAGAGGACGUCCAAGGAUUUUUAUCCUACUUGGAGGAGAUCCAGUCGGUCCGUCGCCAUACCAACAGCAUGCUGGAAGGCACCAAGAACCGGCACCCACCCAUCGUGGUCCACUGUAGUGCUGGGGUGGGAAGGACCGGCGUGCUCAUUCUUUCUGAGCUGAUGAUCUACUGCUUGGAGCAUAACGAAAAGGUGGAAGUGCCCAUGAUGCUGAGGCUCCUCAGGGAGCAGAGGAUGUUCAUGAUCCAGACCAUCGCUCAGUACAAGUUUGUCUACCAAGUCCUCAUCCAGUUCCUCCAAAACUCCAGACUCAUUUAAUCCCCCCAAUCCAGCUCCUGGAGGAGGGACCCAGCUCGAUCGUGCAGGAGAGUCACCUCCAGAAAACAUCUGCUCCCCCCGCGGGGGUGCAGGUGGCUGGCAGCAAGCAGGCUCUCUGAAGAUAAUAGCCAAGAUUAUUCACACAUGCCAUGUAUUAUUUUAUAUGAGAUAAUUUAUUUUUUUCCCCUUUGGAAUAACUUUUGUGAAUUAUUAUAAUGCAGUUUUCUUAAUAAUAUAGUACUUUUCAUUCGAACCACAUUUUGACUGAUCUGCAUAUAUAUGUCAGUAGGUAAGGUUGCCUGCUGGAUCAUUUUGGGGACAGAGGCAUGAGGGAGCACAUCUCUUGUGAAGUUGCAGCCAGAUUUGUAACCAGCCCUGAAAUUCAUCAGCUUAAUUCAUUCAUCAUUCAUUACUUAUAUCCAAAGCAAAGAUGGUAAGAAAAGUAAUUCAUCCUGAAAUAUAAAGAAAAGGGUCUGAAGGAACAAGCACGAUUCUCUUAUAUUUUGGGACUCAUGAGCCUUGAUAGACAGUUUCCUCUCUUCCUCAUUUCUGCCCCUCAUCCUCAGUAAUCUCCUCUCCCCAACACCUCCCCCACCAACUUCCCCCCAAGCUUGAGUUAAAGACAGAACAGCUAAAGAUAGUGCUGCCUUUACAGUGCAGUAACUGCCAUCUUUGGGGCCGAAAGAGAAGCUCUGUGUUGCACUUUUCUUGACCACCCCUUAUUCUGGGCUCUGGAGUUUGUGUUUCCCUGCUGGGGACUGUACCCUGGGUAUUUGUUGCUACCUCUCCUGUUUGCUCAGUAGGACCCUGUCUGGUGGCAUUGAGGCUCUGGACCAGGCCAUCUGUGCAGUUAAGACUCUAUCCUGAUUGAGAGAGAAUAGCAGACCUAGAAAGAGAAAGGAGUUGGGCAGGGCCUUUGAGGAUUGUGUUGUUCAGGCAGGGCCUUGAUGAUCAUUGUUUUUUAUUUACAUGAGAUGUGUGUGCUGGAUAGAGACCCGAAAGUUGAGGUCACUAAGUCAUUGGAAAGGUCAUCAAGGAAACAGAUGGGGAAGCUGAUUUAUGGGAACUAUAUGGCAUUUAGCUACGUAACAGGGGUCUUGGCCAGGAAACACAUCAAAUUUGACCCCCACUGUGCUGGUAUCAUCUUCAGGCUUUGGCCUGCAAGAUCAGAAUUAAUCCUACUCAGGACCCCAUAGUCCAAACUUGGGGCCACUUGAUGAACGAUGGUAGAAUUGUCAUUGGCAAAACCCUGUGCUGCUUUCCUUUUCUUCAUAAAAUCCACUGUCUGGUCAGUUAUCUUCACUUGGAAGCCCAGUUCUUAGUUUCUUCCUGUGGCUUCAUUGGUCAGUGUCCUUCUGAAUUUCCAAGGUUGGUACACAAUAAAUCAUGUUUUGUACAUUUUUCCUCUUACUGCAUUUUGGGGGAUUUGUCAUUCUAUGUCUACUUUUUCUUGAGUGCAACUUUGAUAUGCACCUUUUUCUUGAGUACAACUUUGAUAUGUUGUUACGUGGUGAUAGGAAGUCAGAGGGCGUGCUCUUCCUGGUUGAUUUGAUGCCACAUCUUCCUUGUCUUUCCAGCUCGGGGAAAAGGCAGCAGUGGAGGAAGGCAUAUGGAACGCCCACAGUGAUCAGUUCAAAGAACAAACCUGCAAUUUAAAAACUGUAGUCAACUAGGCACGGUGGUUCACACCUGUAAAUCCCAGCACUUUGAAAGGCCAAGGCGGGCAGAUUGCUUGAGCUAAGGAGUUCAAGACCAGCCUGAGCAACAUGAUGAAACCCCGUCUCUACAAAAAGUACAAAAAUUAGCCAGGCAUGGUGGUUUGCCCUUGUAGUCCCAGCUGCUCAGGAGGCUGAGGCGGGGGGAUCACCUCAUUCAAAGAAUUUGAGACUGCAGUGAGCCAUGAUCUUGCCACUGCAGUCCAGCCUGGGCUACAGAGAGACCCUGCCUCCAAAAAAAAGGAAAAAAGGUUGUCAAGGAAAACUACAUGUAGUAGAAAGGAAAAUUUAAUUGCAGGGGUUUUUUUCUUAGAGUUGACUGCUGUGAGAGUUCCAUAUGCCUUUCUUCAUUGCUGCUUUUGUCCCCCCGAGCCAAAAAGAUGAAGGAGUGGCAUCAAAUCAACCAGAAAAAGUAGACCUUUGUGACAUCCCAUCACCGCAUGCCAACAGGUUGCAUAUUCCCCAUUAAGUUCUUUGGAAUACGAAUCCUCUUUUCCACCUGGCCAGGUGUUGUGGUGGCUGUACUCUGUAGUUAGACUCAGAAUAUCUGGGGAUGGAGGGCUUCCCCUCUGUCUGCUGCUUCAAGGUCUGAAGACUCAGUGAAGGAGUAUAACCUGCUGAUCUUUGUAGAUUCUAGAGUUUCAUCGUAUAUCCUGGGAAGAAAACCAUUAGUAUUACAUGUAUUUUCAGUGGAACAGAGCUUAUAACCCUUAUUAUAAGAAGCUCAUCAAUAGCAAAAAGGUAUUUGUGUCCUUUUCUUGGAGGUUUUUCCAUCCUUGGGAUUUCUACUGUUAGGGAUGUUUUAGCAAGUGGUCUCAGUUACUGGUUUAUUGCAUGAUGAACAACAUCAGUAUUUAUCUUUUAUCUCUAAGCCCCAAGGUGGGCACUGUUAGAAUGUCUCAUGUGGACAGCAUAUAGAUCUGGUGUGUCUUUGAGGACAUCAGAGCUCAUGGGCUUUCUUGAAAUUCAUCCACUGUCCCUGCCGUAUGCUACGGGAAUAUUCGUUAGUGUACAAAAUGCAGGGAGGACGUAGGUUUAAUAUUCAACUUUCUAGCCAAAGUUUAUAUUGAAACCCAAAAGAAAACAUUUAAGAGUUGUUCCACAUAUUUCACUUUUAAAAACAAAUGCCUUUGGUUCUUUAGCACAUUUUGCCUUCCUUUUCACAUCUCCAGUAAAUGCCAGCAUAUCUCCUAUUAAAUUAGCAGCAGCCAUUUAAAGUCCUUUCAGUGGCAUCUGCAUAAUAAUUGCCCAGAGAUGCUUUAUAUCUGGGAAGCAAGCCAAGGAAUAAACCUUGAAGCAAAGUGUAUUAAAUUAGUUAUCUAGUUAGAGCUUUUGGAAUGAUUUCCUGAUGAUGUAUCAAGUCUAAAGCUAGAGCUGUCAGUGUCUAUUGCUGCAGUUUGGAUUUGAAGGGAGAAAAUUAAAAAUGGAGGAAAAAAAAGUUACCAUCUCACAACAAAGCCAUCAAACAUUUUCCAGCCGCUGUGUUCGAGGUUUUCCAAUGGAACUGUUUGGUUUCUUUCAUCUGUACUCAUUUGGAUACAUUGACCCGAGGUAUUCAUCCUUGUUUAUUGUGGUCCCUGAAUCAUGGGGGCUGAAUCUGAUGUCUUCAUCCUUAAGAUGAGAUGAGCCUGCUGGCUCAGUUGAGGAAUGUCCUGCUGAGGUUUCUUUGGUUUCCUUGGGUUCUAAGGAUAUACUGGAUAUAUCACCUUUUAGCAAGAGUCUCUGGUAGCAUUGACAGAUAGCAUAGACAUUAGUAUGCACUUCUUUCCCCAGAUACGAAGUAGAGGAGGAUUUAGCUGCAUGAAAAAAGGAUGUUAAACAUUGAUUACACAGGAGUAAAGAUGAAUGAGCCGCUCUAUUCAGUCGGAGCUAACCAAUAAGAUCAGGGAAGGUAAAAACACCUAUAUGGAAUAUUUUGAAUCAUAAGCUUUUGAAGAGCUUAAAUUGAGAGAAUUUUACUUUUAAUUUUGUAGAUUAAAGAGAGGAACCACGUUUUAAAACUAUAACGAAACUGCCAUUGUUUUCCCAAGAGUCACUUGGCUAUCUCUGGCCCCCUCUUUCAUCAGCCUGAAGAGAGGGUCUAUGUAGACUGCUGUGGGCCUUGUAGGACUUGACCACGGCUUACACCUACUUAACCUUUAUCCUGCCUUCUUUCAGCUUGUGCUUUUCAGUUGUAAACUCCAGUGGGUACAGCAGGCUGGCCUUUUCAUCUGGCUGAUUACUUUUCCAGCUUAAUAUAGAUUGACCCAUAUGAAAUUUCCAAUAAUGGACCAUAUUUUCUGCGAACAGACAGUGUUCGCAUGGAUCACCUAUAUCUUCCCCCGAUACAGUGUAGAUCCCAACACCAGAUGUCAUUUCUCCAGAGCAGUGCUAAUGAACACAAAAGGUGUACCCUGGGUGGGCCGGCUCUUUUCGUGAACUUGCUGCCCUGCUCAUAGGGAUCCUUGCAUCACUUGGUGAAUGGGCCAUCUCCUGGGACAUGGAAGUCGCAGAGGUAGAUAGUGCACUGCAGUUUCUCUUAAGCUGGAUUGGCCAUCAGGCACAUCACCUUGCAGUUUUUAGCUGCUGUCCUUUCCCUAUGAGCAGUCUGUAUUAACUGACCUCAGCCUACUUGUUACAUGACGUAUGGGUCCCAAAAGUGUCCUUUGUCAAAAAGCAGAAUGUGCUUUCUAGUCUCUCUUUCCCCAUCUAAUGGUACAUUUGAUGGUGAAGAUGAGUACAGUUGACCACCCCUAUCUGUGGGUUCCACAUCCCUAUAUUCAACCAAGUACAGAUUGAAAAAUAUUUGGGGAAGAGGGGAAACCCACAAAGUUCCAAAAAGCAAAAGUUGAAUUUGCCACAUGCUGAAUACUACAUUGAAUUCAUGCAAAUGAAGUGAUGUGUAGGCAUCGACUUAGGUAUUGUAAGUAAUCUAGAGAUGAUUUAAAGUAUACAAGAGAUGUGCAUAGGUUAUAUGCAAAUACUACGUCAUUUUAUAUAAAAGACUUGAGCAUCCAUGAUAUUCUGGUAUUCGCAGAGGGUCCUUGAUUGCCCCCUUUGGUAAAGGACAACUGUUUCAUUACUGAUUUUUCAUUUGGGGAAGAUCUGUCAAUCCCUUGAGGUAAGGGCGUUGAGGGGUAGAGGGUACAGGGCAUUCUAGGAUGUGUGCCAGGGAGCACGUAUUCAAGGGAUGGGAUUGGGUCAGACCUGUGUUCUUCCUCAGUAUCAGAAAUAACUCUAUGGAGCUCCUAGAAUAAGAAAUUUCUGGAAGCACUACAUAAUUACUGUUGGGCUCUUAGGGUAGCCAUUUUUGGGAAUUUAGCGUUUCCAUGUUUUACCAACAAUUAUUCUGCUGCUGUGUUUUAUUGUUUUGCCAAUGGGUUUUGAGACACUCAUCAUGCUCUUAUUUAGUGAUUUCUUUUCAUGAGCAGAGCAACAGCUUAUCCAGCAUGGUUUCCAAAUGGAGAAAUUCAGGUCUUUCAUAGAAAUCGCACAAAUUUUCCAAUGGCCUACAGCUUUAUGGUUGGCAAACUAGUUGGCCCUAUAGGGUGGCAAUAAAGCUGUAAGAUAUUAAACUGCAUUUGAUACUUUUCUUGAAUGCUGAGCAAGGAAGCAAAAUAGUUCUUGUCUUUACUUAAGCUUCUAAGACAUUUUGGGGCAAAGGACCUUACAGAUGGCAUCUGUUGAAAGUAACAGCAACAUGUCAGGGAGAAACAUGGGGGAAAUCUCGUCAAAUUCUGCUAUCUCAAAUGUGUCGUCCAGAAGUCAGUGUUAUUCAGGGGGCCCUGUGAAACUUGACCACCAGCUUGCCCCAUCAACACUCAGCCUUUAUCCUACCUGCUCUCAGCUUUUGUGUUUCUGUUAGAAACUCAGAUAGGUAAGUAUUUUUAUUCAGCAGACUACCUUUCUUAAUCUUUCCAGCUUAAUGUAGCUGCAUCUUCUUUCUCAAGGCCAAACUGAGAUAUUCCCUAUUAAAAUGUCCAUGAGCCUAGCAUUGAGUAUCUGGCAUCCAUCAAUUUCAUAGACUGGAAAAUGAUUGAUUGGUGCAGUAAAGAGGAGGAUGUGUAUCAGUUCCUACUGUUUGGAGCUUUGUUUAGCCUUCCCAUUUUAAAAAUAAAUUCAAGGACAUUGAGUUACAAGGCAGAAGGGCUGGAGCUACUGGGCAGCCUGAGUGUGACCAGCAUUUGUAUAGAAAGUCAUUUCUCCUUCUGCCACACUUUGGGCCAUCAGGAUCAUUAUUUCCCAAAAAUGCCAUAAACUUGCCCAAGAAUUUCUAUAAAUGAGGAGCAGGAGAGGAAGGAUUUUUGGAUCACUCCUGAAGUUGCUAUCUAAAAGUUCUCUGUUUCACAAAUAAUUUUCUGAACUCUGUAAUGCCUCUGCUACCCCCUACCUCCCUUUCUGUAAUGUCAGCAUGAUGGGAACCACCAAGUGACAUGCUAGGAAAACCCUGCGGCAGUGUUGGAGUCUAUUUCACCCUAGCUCAUGCUUUUAAACUGUCUUCACUGUUGAAGUAGAGCUUGAUGAAUGUCAUGGAUUGUGAUGCGUGAUUUAUCAUAUUUGCCUGGAUUUGCUGCUCAAAAGCACCAUCUUCCCUCACCUGCCACUGGCAGCCUUUCUUGCCUUGCUUGUUAGCAGAGCAUUCUGCUUACCCAUGUGGCUCCUGCAUUUCUUGAUUCUUCUCCCCUGUGAUCUCAGAGGUGCUGCAGAGCACACUCUCCUUUAGAGCAGGUCAUGUUUAUAUUCAGGCCACAAAACUGGGAUGUACAUGCAGUGACUUUCGUGUUCCUUGUCUUGUUCAGGGGAACAGGUGGGAUUGUUGUGUGCUGUCACCCUCUUCAUUCCAUGAGCACCUUGUUCACUUAGGGUCUGCUGCCUUUUCUUUUUGAGAUAGAGUCUCGCUCCUGUUGCGCAGGCUGGAGUACAGCCUCCUAAGUAGCUGGGAUUACAGGUGUGCGCCACCACACCCGGCUAAUAUUCGUAUUUUUAGUAGAGACAAGGUUUCGCCAUGUUGGCCAGGCUGCUCUCAAACUCCAGACCUCGAGAAGACCCCCCUCGGCCUCCCAAAGUGCUGGGAUUACAGGUGUGAGCCACCGCACCCAGUCUCUGCUACCUUUUCAUAUUUCCCCAUCUGCUUUAUGGAUCAACUCUCAACAGUACACUUUUUCUUUCCUUUACCUACCUUAUGAGUGCAACCCAGAUGAAAGAGUUAAACCUCAUCAGAGAAUCAUUGCCUUAAACCUCUCUAAAAUAUGUAAUUAGGGAAUCUUACUGUAAUUUUUAAAAAAUUGCUUGUAUAGUUUCAAAGAAUAAGAUCUGGCAAAUGACCAGAUGUGGUGGCUCACACCUGUAAUCAAACCAGCACUUUGGGAGGCUGAGGCAGGCAGAUCACCUGAGGUCAGGAGGUCAGAAGUUCAAGACCAGCCUAGCCAACAUGGUGAAACCCUGUCUCUACUAAAAAUUAAAAAAUUAAAAAAAAACUAGCCAGGCAUGGUGGCACAUGCCUGUAGUCUCAGCUACUCAGGAGGCUGAGCCAGGAGAAUCGCUUGAACCCGGAGGUGGAGGUUGCAGUGAGCUGAGAUCAUGCCACUGCACUCCAGCCUGGGCAACAGAGUGAGAAUUUGUCAAAAAAAAAAAAAAAAGAUCUGGCAGAUGAAAAUAACCUGAAUGAAAAUAGCUAGAAAAUUCAGCAAGCAGGAAGCUUCCUUUCUCACCCUUUUGCUCCCUUGCUGAUAGAAUCAGUCACUUACUGUUAGAAGAAAUGAAAGAAGCUCUGUUUAAAACAAUGAUGACAGCAGUACUUAAUAUUUAUUUCAAGGUGAACUUAUAUAGAUUGAGAGAGGCUACAUUUGGCAGAGUGAUGUGUAGGAAGACCCAUUUGUUUCUCGCUUCUCCCUGCAAGGAGAAUGUUUUCUUCAUUAUAGCCUCUUCACACAGACCGGCCAUUGUAGUGAAACAGGUGGUAAACCCGCCCAGAAACAUUUUAUCUGUUUUCACUUAUCUAGGAAGGGGUCAGAUUAGCUGGUCAUCCAAAAUCUGUAUGUAAGCUAUCUUCAUUUUCUUCCCCAACCUUCUCCUCGUGGGAAACACAAAUGCCAUCUCAUCUGACAAAAGGUUUUAGAGGAUAAAGCUGAAAAGAUUGGAUUGGGAUCUUUUUGUGGCUUGGGGCGGAGCCUUUUGCUAAAAUCUCAAGAAUGCUGCUUUGAGUUUAGCUAGGGUGACUCUCAGAGCUGGAGUGCCUGGCGUUCUCAGCAUUUCUCAGGGGCCUCCCACCUCUCACAACUGCAGUGUUAGCUAAUAUAUACCUUGAGCAUAGAACUGAAUGGUGUAAUUCAGAGCCAUUUUUUUUUUUUUCAACUUGAACAUUGUACAAUUUUACUGCAAUUUCCUUUGAACUUUCUUGCCACUGUUUGGAAUCUUAAAAAUUCAUUAGCCUUCUCCUUUCUGACAAAAAGUUACACUUCAUCAGAGAUGAGUUCCUAUGUAUGUCCUUUGUUCCUUCAAUAGCUAAUUAAUGUGCUUGAGGAUACUUCAGUGGGAAAAAGGUCUAAAUAUGCAGAUUACUAAUAAACGCGUAACCUUAUGUAACUUGUGUUACAUCAAAUAACAAGCUAAUCUAGUUUGUUUCACUGGACUAGGCUUGUGCUCCCUACUUCAGUAUUUUGAUGCUUUCCUUGCUCUUUGUUUCACAAAAUAUUGUGAAUUUUGGUAUCAAACAAUGUCAUUCAAAACAUAUGACAUUUAUUAGGUUUCAUUUUGAAACAAUGUAUAGGCAAGUCCCCAACUUAGAAACCAGUUUGUUCUUACGGUUCUUGGGCCAGCCCAUAGGAGCCCACUGACCUCCACCACAGCCUACAUGGAGGGCUGUGUUAGUCAGAUGUGGUUGGCUUUUGUGGGCUGACCCAGACAUUUAAUCACCAUCUUUUCUGUUGUUGCCGUAAGAAAUGCAUUCCAGGUUGGGACUUGGGAUCCUGAGAGCACAUUCUCCCCCUGUGGUGGCCGCUUGCCACCUUGCAAGAUGGAAGCCCAGUGUCCUUACUACCAAAGUGUAGUUGUAAGCAGAGAGAGGGCUGAGAUGUUUAUAGGACAUUCCCUAAGCUGGGGAGUGUUUUUAUCAAUAUUCAUGUCAACUGUACUUUGGUAUAGACUUCCUAUCAAUUUAAUAAUAUGAAAAGCCUAAAAUAAAACUAUGCAUGCUAUUCUAUGUGCUAUUUUAUAUCAGUAAAUAAGCUUAUGCUUGCCAGUUGUAUACACAGUUAUGAGGUGUAUAGAACUGACUUUGACAGUAUUUUUUGCACUGUUUCCUAUCUGUUUUUAUAAAGUCUUAUUUAGAUAUUGAACCUUGUUGAUGUUCUCACUGCCCUUGUGCUUGCUAUAAAAUGUUUCAUAUGUGCCUUUACAAAUGUGAGAUCUUUGUUCUAACCUUUUUUUGUAAAAGAUAUCUAUUGAUUUCCAUAUGCAAUAAACCUUUUUUUCAGAGAAAA